UAUGUCCCUCUGGCUUACCGUACCGGAAAAGAAACAUUCAGUCAAGCAACAUGGAGGUGUUUGUGAUUUCUCCCUCUCUUCAAUCGAGGAGUUUAACGUUUCUUCCAGGAUCGACUGUUCAAAAUUUAAUCGAGCUAUUUACACUUGAAGAUGGUAUCCCAACAGCCGACUUCUACGUUAAAAACAAUGGCAGGCUGUCGUCCGGUGAAGAGCAACUUCAGACUGGGGCUGUGUAUCGUUUGGAGCCUCGCUUGUUCGGUGGGAAAGGAGGUUUCGGGUCCAUGCUCCGAGCUCUGGGGGCGCAGAUAGAGAAGACCACUAACCGUGAGGCCUGCAGGGACCUGAGUGGCCGAAGACUGCGUGAUGUCAAUCACGAGAAAGAGAUGGCGGAGUGGCUGAAGAAGCAGGCGGACCGCGAGGCGGAGAAGGAGCAGCGGCGUCUGGACCGCCUGCAGAGGAAGCUGGCCGAGCCCAAACACUACUUCAGCGACCCCGACUACGAGCGCCAGUGCCACGACCUCUCCGAGCGGCUCGAGGACUCCGUCCUCAGAGGGAUGCAGGCGGCCUCCAGUGGCCUGGUGCAGGCUGAUGAGGGACCCAGCCGCAAACGCCCCGCGGCUGCUACAGUCCCUAAAGCCACCAGCGCACCCAGGCCUGGCAAGAAGAAGUGCCUCUGGACUGGUAUGGGAGACCUGGCUGGCUCCGACGUGGACAGUGACUCCGCCAGUGAUGACGGCGAUGAUGGCGCUUCCCCGUGUGCGUCAUCUAGCGCCUCCUGCAGUUCAGGAGGAUAUACUGCACCUAAAUCAGCAGCAGCAGCAGCUGUCGCCCACAUCACCCCCCACACGUCCCAGGAGAGUCCCAGCAGCUCCUCCUCCUCCAGCUCAGGGGCCAGCUCCCCUCAGAGAAGCCCAGCACAGGAGCCCCAUCCUGGGCAAUCCCAGGGAGAAGCUCCCCAGCAGGAGGAGGCCCAGGAGGGGACUCCGGCAUCAGGCGAGGCCCAGGCUGCAGGGCCUGCGCAGGCUGAGGUGGAGGCAGAGACUGAGAAGCCGGAGGAGAAGAUGGACACCGAAUCACAGGAGGCGGCCAGCAGCAGCACCAAGAGCACGGAACCAGAGGUUCCUGCGGGCCCUGUGGACCUGUCUGCGGUGGACAGCGUGGAGCAGCUGGAGGCCAUGGGCCUGGACCGCCUGAAGGGGGCGCUGAUGGAGCGCGGCAUGAAGUGCGGAGGGACGCUGCAGGAGCGUGCCGCCCGCCUCUUCUCCGUCCGAGGCCUCGCCCCCAACCAGAUCGACCCCGCCCUCCUCGCCAAGCCUGCCAAGGGCAAGAAGAAAUGAGAGACUGAGAGGGACCCUGGCUUUAAAAAAGCGGGAGCUGGAUUAACUAGAUUAUUUAAAGUGUUCUAGAUAUUCCAGGAUGUGUCAGAAUGGGUUUGUGUGGGAAUAUGGAUCUUGGGUCCUGAUGAGUCUGCCAGAUUCAGUUAUUUUUUUCAGCAUUUCUUUUUUAGUUUUUAGAUCAUGUACCCAUAUUCUUUUUAAGUAUUGUUUUGUUUAGCGGAAAGGUCAGAGAAAUCAGAUGUAUUUGCUGCAGUAUUGUCUUGACGGUGUCUUUUCUGUAUUUCUGAUUCACAAUUCUGCUGAUUUGUAAAUAGGUAAAGGGGGCACUUUGGCUCCAAUGUGAUUCCAUAUAUGCUUGUGGGGAAACCAGAUGUAUGGGUUUUAUGUCCAUAUGUUCAGUUGUACAGAUAUUACAUUUAUAACUGAAUAAACAAAAACAUUUUUUCUUAAA